UCCCUACACCACAUCGACACAGCGUCACAUGAUUCUACUUCCGCAACUCAUGACGCCACAUCCAAAACAUCAGCGUCCACUCAGGGAAGUCAGUACCGGAGCCGACUGUGUGAAAGUGAACGUUGUAUGAAGAGGAACAUCAGUUAAAUCCUGUACUUGAAAACCGGACAGCAGGCCUCAUCAUGUCUCUGCUCAUAUCUGGAAGCAUACUGCUGCUGCUGCUUGGGCUUCCACUCGGGACGCCCCGUUCAUUCAGCGUGGAUUACAAGAGCGACUGCUUUCGGAAAGAUGGGGAAGAGUUUCGUUACAUAUCAGGAAGCAUCCAUUACAGCAGGAUCCCCCGAGCCUACUGGAAGGAUCGGCUGCUCAAGAUGUACAUGGCGGGACUGAACGCCAUCCAGACGUACAUCCCCUGGAACUACCACGAGGAGUCUUCAGGCCACUACAGUUUCAGUGGAGACCGGGAUUUGGAGUAUUUCCUUCAGCUGGCCAAUGACAUUGGUUUACUGGUCAUCCUCCGGCCCGGACCCUACAUAUGUGGAGAGUGGGACAUGGGUGGGCUCCCUGCCUGGCUUCUCAGGAAGAAAGACAUUGUGCUGAGGUCUUCAGAUCCGGAUUACAUCGCAGCAGUGGACAAGUGGAUGGGGAAGCUGCUGCCAAUGAUAAAACCUUAUCUCUACCAAAAUGGAGGUCCUAUAAUCACCGUGCAGGUGGAGAAUGAAUAUGGCAGUUACUUCGCCUGUGACUACAACUACUUGCGGCACCUUACCAAGCUGUUCCGGUCUCACCUGGGCGACGAGGUGGUGCUCUUCACCACAGACGGAGCCGGGCUCGGAUACCUCAGAUGUGGCUCGAUACAAGGACUAUACGCCACCGUUGACUUUGGUCCCAGUUCAAAUGUGACCGCGGCCUUUCAGGCGCAGAGACACGCUGAACCUCAUGGACCUUUGGUGAACUCUGAGUUUUACACCGGCUGGCUGGACAACUGGGGGUCACCUCACGCUGUCGUGUCGUCUGCCAUAGUGGCCAAGUCCCUCAAUGAGAUCCUGGCCGUGAGAGCAAACGUCAACCUGUACAUGUUCAUAGGAGGAACAAACUUUGGAUACUGGAACGGUGCCAAUUCCCCAUACAGACCACAGCCCACGAGCUACGACUACGACGCUCCGCUCAGUGAAGCUGGAGACCUCACAGAGAAGUACUUCGCUAUUCGAGAGGUGAUCAAAAUGUACCGUAAGAUACCAGAGGGGCCAUCGCCACCAACAACUCCAAAGUAUGCAUAUGAAACUGUUCUGAUGAAAAGACUCCAGACGGUAUCAGAUGCCUUAGAAAAACUGUCUUUCUCCGGCCCUGUGAAAAGCACUUAUCCUCUGACUUUCGUUGAACUGAACCAGGCCUUUGGUUAUGUGCUCUACAGGACUGCUAUGCCUGUUGACUGCAGCACACCGACUCCACUGUCGUCUCCGCUGAACGGCGUCCAUGACAGGGCGUAUGUGUCAGUGGACGGGGUGGCUGUGGGGAUUCUCGAAAGGAACAAUGUCAUAACCAUCAAUGUGACGGGGAAAGCUGGCAGUCAGCUGGACAUACUGGUGGAGAAUAUGGGCCGAAUCAACUACGGAAAAGACAUCAACGACUUUAAGGGCCUGGUAUCCAACCUGACCCUGGGGACAGAAACGCUCCACGACUGGACCAUGUACAGUCUCAGUGUCGAUGAGGCUGUCAGUCAGGGCCUCCUGAAUGAAACAAACCCCACAGAUGCGCCUCUCUCCCUUCCGGCCUUCUACCAGGGAAGCUUCAUCAUUCCCGACGGCAUCCCAGACCUCCCCCAGGACACCUACAUCAAACUGCCCAACUGGAGGAAGGGACAAGUUUGGAUCAACGGCUUUAAUGUGGGACGUUACUGGCCGACCCGAGGCCCUCAGGUGACACUUUUCGUCCCUGCCAACAUCCUGAGCACAGCUGCACCCAACAAUGUGACGGUCCUGGAGCUGGAGGAGGCUCCCUGCAGCUCAGAGCCGUGUAGGGUGGAGUUUACUGCGACCCCCAUCCUGAACGCAGCAGUCCAGUCUGUCCACUAAAGAGGAUUUGUUGUGAUAGAGAGGGAACUCCGUGUAGCACAAAAUCAAUUUGCAGUUUGUCUCUACCUCACUGAUUCUGCACAACAUUUCCAUGCAAAGCCUUUUUUUUCUUCUUCACAAAAGGAUUGAGUGCCAAAUAUCCUCACAGCUAUUCAGGAAAUGUUUUAUCAUUCAUGUGAAAAACACGGCAGGGAAUCGCUAUAUUUGUUAUAGCACAAUAUCAUACAACCGUUAUGUUGUGGGGCUGUAACUUAUUGUUUACUGAUUGAUAAUUUAUAAAUGUUUUGCAUGCACUCCUAACCUGUCUGAUUUAAUGCUUGUAAAAACAAUAAAUAAAAGGUGAUUUGAUA